AUGCUAUCAGUAUUGAGAAACGCCGGCAGGCCUGCCGGACGCGGGCGAGUUUUUGGGAGCAGGGGCCUUUUCGCAGGGAUGGUCUCAAGAAAAAAUGGCGCCGCAGACGAGCGCGCACAGCGUGCGGCCAGUCAGCCCGACGGACAAGCGACGGCGCUGAACGACGAGUUUGAAUUUUCCAAGCUGCUGUGGGCCGGGCGUCCGGUGCAGGGCGAGGGGUUCCGGGCGACGUGGGUCAACGCGCUGGCAGAGCGGCAGAAGCAGCUGGCGGCGGGCAAAGUGAUUGACUCGUACAUGUACAACAGCGUCAAGUCGACGGAGGUCGGGGAGAAGACGCGGGCGGAGUCGUUCUCGUACCUGGUCCUGCCGUUCAAGGACGACCCAGCGACGGCGGACUUCUACGUGAACGCGGCCGGGCGGAUGCGAAUGGGGCAGAUCUUCCAGGACCUGGACGCGCUGGCGGGGCGGAUCGCGUACCGGCACACGGCGCCAGCGGAGCCGGUGAUCGUGACUGCGUCGGUGGACCGGAUCUACCUGCUGAAGCGGUUGGGGCAGAUUACGGACUACAACGUGGUGCUGUACGGGAGCGUGGUCUGGACGGGGCGGUCGUCGAUGGAGAUCUCGAUCAAGGCUGCAGCGCUGGACGGGGCGGUGCCGGAGAAGGUGAGCGGCUCGACGAUGGACGAGCGCGACGUUUUUCUGACGGCUUCGUUCACGUUUGUGGCGCGGAACCCGGAGACGCACCGCUCGCUGGCGAUCAACAAGUUGCUACCGCAGAACCAGCAGGAGUGGGUGGAGUUCCGGCGCGCGGAGAGCCACAACAGCGCGAAGAAGCUACAGGCGCAGAGCGAGAGUCUAGAGACGAACCCGCCUACCGCGGAGGAGUCGCGGAUGAUCCACGGGUUGUGGCGCGCGUCGCGCGCGACGCCGCGCGAGCUGCGUCCGCGCGGCGUGGUGUCGAUGCAGGACACGAACCUGAAGUCGACGAUGUUCAUGCAGCCGCAAUACCGGAACCGACACUCGUACAUGAUCUUCGGCGGUUACCUGAUGCGGCAGACAUUUGAGCUGGCGUACUGCGCGGCGUCAUCGAUCUCGCACUCUCUGCCGCGGUUCGUAUCGCUGGACUCCACCACCUUCCGCGCGCCAGUGCCGGUCGGCUCGAUCCUGCACAUGGACGCGACGGUCGUGUACACAGAGCACAUCCGUGGUGGACCAGACGGGGCCACGCCGGCGGCGGACGCGCUGGUGGACUACCAGCCUACAGCUGUGAACAAGCUGUCUGAGAAUAAGGACGACUUUCUGUCGUGUCCUGGCACGCUGGUGCAGGUCAAGGUGGACACGGUCGUCCAGGAGCUGGCGUCGGAGCACAAGUCGAAGUCGGGGUCGUUCAUCUUCUCCUUCUUCGCACCCGCCCAGCAGGACGGCAGUGACUCGGACGCGCGCUUUGUGUCCGUCGUGCCCGAGACCUAUUCGGAGAUGAUCAACUACGUCGAGGGCAGAAGACGUGCGGUGAACACUGCUAUGUACGCCUCGAGAGUGAAGCGCCAGAGUAAGUUAUGA